AUGAAUUCAGAGGAUCCAUCAGAUUUCAAAGUUCGUCCAAUCAUAACUACAAGCCCUGUCACGUCUGAUCAUCAUCUCGGCGAUUUUUCACAUGGACAGCAAGUAGUGGCGCUCCGUUAUCACACAGUUGACCAGUUACUACAACAAAUUCAAACAAAGACUUUUGCGAAAGGAAUAUUUGCAGGAGACUGCGGAGGUCCACUAUUUCAAGUAAACCAAGAGGGGCGCCACAUUCUUGUAGGAAUUAAUAGUGCCAUCGACGAAACCUCUAUUGAGCAUCACCAAAAUAUGGUGAACUAUUUCACUGACGUUCGUGCGAAUUUGGAUUGGAUCUGCAAACACUCAGGUGCACUUUUCUCACACUUUUUCAAAAGUUCUGCUAAUUCAGCCGAAAUGAUCUCCAAUAAAAAACGAUUUGAAGAUAUUGUGAUGAAGGCAGCCUGUAAUGAAGAACUUCAGCCAGACGUGAAUACUCUCAAGCAAGGAGAGGAUUACUGCGCCUUUGAUGGCACAACUAUUAGCGAAAGUUGA